AUGGCAUUCCCUGUGGACUUGCUGAGUAAUUGCAGUCAUGAGGAACUGGAAAUUGUUGCUGAAGAUUACAUGUCAGAUUUAAGGUGUGGGGACCCUGAAAAUACAGAGUAUUUUUCUUUUCUCAAUAUUACAAUUCCUAUUAGGUUGUCAAAUGCAGGCUUUGUACCUCUCUAUGGUGGAGAUCAGACCCAGAAAGUUCUUGCGCUUUUUGCACCUGAGGAUUCACUCACAGCUGUGGCACUUUACCUUGCUGAUCAGUGGUGGGCUAUUGAUGAUAUUGUGAAAACAUCUGUCCCUUCUAGAGAGAGGCUUACAGGAAGUGUAUGUGCCUCAUUUCUUACCCAAAGUUACCAACUGCCAGUUCUUGAUACAAUGUUCGUAGGAAAGAAAUUCAGAGGCAAAGAUUUUGGGCUUCAUAUGCUGGAGGACUUUGUUGAUUGCUUCACAGAAGAGCGGUAUCCACUGUCUUCUCUUAUGUAUACAGCUUGCAAACAAUACUCUGAAAAGUAUCCAGGAGACCAUGAACUCCUUUGGGAAGUAGAGGGUGUUGGACACUGGUACCAGCGAAUACCAGUCACCAGAGCAUUACAGAGAGAAACACUUAAAAUUACAGCAAUUUCUCAGAAUGAAGCCCAAAGACCUGUGUCUGGAGAAUAUGGCCUUGCAGCUGUUCCAGAGCAUGAAGUGGGAACUGAGGACCAUCAAUCCAGUGAGAUGCAGCUAACUAUUGAUUCUCUAAAGGAGACCUUUGCAAGCACAUCUGAAGGUCAUGAAAAAACACCUGUUUCUACUCGUACUCGAAGCAGUCAUCUAAAGCGGCCAAAGACUGGAAAGCGGUUUCAGGAUUCUGAAUUUUGUGGUUCUCAAGGAGAAGAGAAAACUGCCCAGACACUGACAGCUUCAGUAAACAAAUUAGAGUCUACUACGUGCACAUCAGAGAGCUCAGAAGAAUUCCUGGAAGAAGAACCUGAGCAGAGAGUGAUUGAAUUUGAGGAUGAAAGUCGUGAUAAAAAUAUCCGGCCUGUACCUGAAACCCAGGGACGCCUGGAAAAGCAAGAUGAAAAAGACUCUGAAUUAGAGCCUUUGAAUGGUGAGGUAAUGGAUGAUACUCUUAAGACUUCGCUUACAACAGAAGAGGAGGACUCCAUUAGUGAAGGUUUAGAAGAAGAAUUAAAAGUGCAGUCUUUUAAUUCUAGUGAAGACACUAUAAAUCUCGUUCCACUGGUGGUAGAAUCCUCAAAACCUCCUGAGGUUGUUGCACCAGAUAAGCCCCCACAUAUAACUGAUACAGAAAUGUUGAUAGAUCAAGGCCCACCUGAUGACAAAGGGCACACUGAAGAGAAACUGUCUCCAGUUUCAAGAAAGAAAGCACAUUUGGGGAGUUCAGACAAAGUUGACCAUAUCUCAAAUGAAGACCAAUCUGACAGUGGUUUUCCAAACUCGGUGACAGCUGAAUUUUCUGAAGAACUGGUGUCUGAUAAUUUAUCACCUAACACAACUUCCUCACUUGAGGACCAGGGUGAGGAGGGGGUGCCUGAGUCCCAGGAAACAUCUACUGCUCUUUCUCAGAGUUCUUUGAUAGAGGUUGAACUUGAAGAUGUGCCAUUUUCACAGAAUGCAGGACAGAAGAAUCAGUCAGAGGAGCAGUCUGAAGCAUCUUCUGAGCAACUGGAUCAAUUUACACAAUCAACAGAAAAAGCUGUGGAUAGCAGCUCAGAGGAGGUAGAAGUGGAAGUGCCUGUAGUAGACAGGAGGAAUGUAAGAAGAAAGGCCAAAGGGCAUAAAGGACCUGCUAAGAAGAAAGCCAAGCCGACCUGA